AUGGCCACCCGAGCACCCCACCCGCCGGUCUGUCUACUGUCACUUGAUGGCGGGGGCAUCAAAGGAAUAUCCGAGCUUCUUAUCUUGCAGCAUAUCAUGGUCGCCGUGCAAGGCCAGCUCGAACUUGCUGAAGAGCCUCUCCCAUGUGAUUACUUUGACCUGAUUGGUGGGACUAGCACCGGAGGUCUCAUUACUAUUAUGCUUGUCCGACUCCGAAUGACGGCGUCGGAGGCACUCCGACAAUACUUUGCCCUUACAGGCAAGAUCUUCUCCAAGAAGAAUACGAAGAGUAAAGGGAAAGAGGGUGCCUUCAAGGCAUCGACUCUUGAGGCAUCUGUAAGAGGAAUCGUGGUCGAUCAUGAAAGAAAGCACGGUGGUGGUGCAAGUAUGCUCCCAUUGGGAGAUAACGAGACUCGAGCGAAAGGUUUCGUAUGCGCAAUGGCGGCCGAGAUGAUGAAGAAACCAUAUCAUCUAAGGACUUAUAUAGUCCCAGGGAAAAUCGUGUAUAACUGUGAGAUAUGGGAAGCUGCAAGAGCGACAACGGCAGCACCAACAUAUUUCAAAGCUGUCUCGAUCAAGUGGCCCAACGGCUCGAGCAAUCGGUUUGUCGAUGCCGGCUUAGGCUUCAACAACCCUACCGAGGAAAUCAUCGAAGAAGCAGAAACCAUCUUUGGAACGUCCACUCCACUAAGACUCCUGAUUAGUGUUGGAUGUGGUGUGAAGUCUUCUAUUCGAUACGAUGCGCCCUCCAUGCUCGACAAGUUUCUUCCACUCAACGCUAUCAAGACUCUUAAGGACAUUGCCGCCGAUUGCGAGAAGACUUCCGACCAAUUGGAACGUUCCUUUAAGAAUCACACCAACGUCUACUUCCGAUUCAACAUCCCCGAGAUUGGAGAUAUUGGGCUAUCAGAAGUUGAUGCGGCGACGCUUAACCGAAUCACUGCUAGCACGAAGGCUUAUUUCGACAACGGGUCGGCUGGACACACCAUGCUAGGGCUAGUGGUCAAGCGUCUCUGCGAAGGUGUCGAGGGAACGGUGCCAACGCAUGGUAUUACUUUGGGAAAGAUCCGCCACCAGCUAAUCCCUUUUCCGCGUAACACAAACUUCGUUGGUCGCGAGUCCUACCUAAAGCAGCUUGCAACAAAGCUCGACCCUAGGAUAUGGGCUGGCACGUGCCCAUGGGUAGCUCUCGACGGCCUUGGUGGGGUUGGCAAGACUCAGAUCACCCUACAGUUCGCCUACCAACUCCAGGAGACAUCACCAGAGUGUUCUGUUUUCUGGGUUCAGGCCAGUGAUGCGACAAGUUUUGACGCUUCAUAUCGCAAAAUCGCCCAACAGCUCGGAAUCCCAGGACUUGAAGAUGAGAAGACAGAUGUGAAGCAGCUAGUCUUUACAGCACUCCAAGGCCUCAUGAGUCCAUGGUUGCUUAUUGUGGACAACGCCGAUGACUACGAGGUCCUUGAUAACGCGAAUGAGGGAAAUGCAUCACGUGUAUUAAUCGAAUACCUUCCGAAGCGUGGCAAUGGAGCAGUCCUCUUUAGCACUCGAGAUCAAAAGGCAGCUUCGGAUCUUGCUGAGGCGAAUGUGAUUCACGUCGAAGAGAUAAGUAGGCAGGAAUCAAUCGAACUCUUUAAAAAAAGUGUGCAGGUGCAAAAGCACCAUUUACUCGACGACGAGGCCAGUAUUAACACGCUGCUUGACCUCCUUGUUGACCUGCCGCUUGCAAUCAAGCAAGCCGCGGCGUAUAUCAACCAAAAUACCACGCCGAUUGCCGCAUAUCUGUCAUUCUAUAACGAUAGCGAGGAAGGAAUGAUCGAGAUCCUCAGCGAAGGGUUCGAAGACCGUGGAAGGUAUCGUGGACAGAAUGGACAGAAAAACCCAGUGGCUACGACCUGGUUUAUCUCGUUUGAACAAAUUCGACGUGAUAGUAGUCUUGCGGCUAAUUAUCUCUCAUUUAUGGGCGUCGUAGCCCGAGACGACAUACCUCGCUUACUACUCAUACCCGGACCGAGUCCUAACCAACACACUAAAGCCAUUGGGACAUUGAUUGCAUAUUCAUUUGUGACACCGCGAUUGACAGAGGAUGCGUUUGAUGUACAUCGACUAGUCCAUUUGGCGACGCGUAACUGGCUGGCAGAGAAGAAUGAGCAAUCAAUAUGGGCAGAUACAGCACUGCAUCGAUUAGUAGAGGUUAUCCCGGCAGGUGGCCAUACUGACCGACAGGUGUGGACAAGAUAUUUACCGCAUGGGAUCUAUCUAGUAGACACUGUCGAAGUCUGUGUGGAUAACGAGAUGGCAGUGAUCGAGUUGCGAGAUCGGAUAGGACGAUGUCAAAAUGCUAUUGGGCAAUACAAUGGGGCAGAGAUAAUGCACCGGGCGACACUAGUGCUGAGGGAGGAGGUGUUAGGGAAAGAGCACCCCUGA